AAAAUAAAUAUAGAAGUUUAAUUUGAAGGUUAAUACGAAGUAAACAAUAUUAUGCAUAGGCAAAGCAAAAAAUCAAGAAGAUUCACAGAUUUAAAAUUAACAUGGAAGGAAAAACAAAAAAAUGAGAGAGAGAGUGAGAAGGAAACAAGGCGGACACAGCUCACUGGCAAACCGGAUGACACUGAAUCGAGAGCAUGAAGAGACUCGUGGAAGAAGCCCACAAAGGGGAUUGGAGCUAGUAAAACAGAGAAGAGUGCAGGAUGUUAAGCACCAGGAUUGGAAGACGCAGAAGCAUGGAAUGUACAACUGGGAUCUAUACAAACAAGCCACUCCUUAUUUCUUUACCAAUUGUCCGGAUGACUGGAGUUAUGAAGACAUGUGGAAGACAUUCCUGAAAUUUGGAAGGGUUUAUGACAUUUAUAGCCCAAAUAGAAAGAGCAAGAAUGGUGGCAGAUUUGGAUUCGUGAGAUUUCUGGGGGUGUCAGAUAGAAAUGAACUAGAAAGACAACUAGAUCAGAUAUGGAUUGGAGGGCAAAAAUUAUGGGUAAAUAGACCAAGAUUUGAUGAGGGAAAGAAGGAAGUCAGGGGAAGAAAAAUCAAUGAAGUGGCAAUAAUGAAUUAGAAGAGGAGCUAUGUAGAGGUGGUGAAGGGAUGGAAAGAGUAUGACAGGGAGGAGGAAAG